GAUGAUGUGAGCAUGUUCGUUUCAUAAUAAAAAUGUUGCCAGGUAACCAAAAAGUCGUAUGUUUUUGUGCGAAUUACGAUCAUAAUCUUUACGAUCGUACAUUAAAAAAUAGACAAAUAAUAGUAUGAGUACGAUUUAAAUCGUAUAUCUGUCAACCCUGCUAGCAAGACAGCGACAAAAUCACGUUGCAUAACAAUGUAGCCCAAGCUUAUAUCUUAUGAAAUAUACGGAAGAGAUACGGACUUAGAAAAAACAGAAAUGUUGUUCUUUGUGGAAGUCAUUGAUGAAAUUCUAUGUAUUUUAGCCCGCAAACUUUCUUCAAACAAAAACAGCGCCAUCUAGUAUCGAGUUCUGUAAUUAUCUCUUUGUUUAUGGAUUUGAAGUAAGACCGCCACGCAUGCAAUACAUUAUGACUGGGGAUUCCCCUAUUCGUCGACGCUGAAUAUGAGGCGACGACAAUCACUGUCAAACGUGUUCACUAUUACUCUGACUCUGGUAACGUGACUUCCUGGUAACGUGUUAGGUAGGAAAAGCAGUAAAAAAGUGCAUAUUAAGGGAGCAGAUUUGAAAUAAUAUUUAUACUUAACAAGAAAUAAUUAAAGGUUCAAUGGGGAGACCUAAAGAUUUACGCAUAUGGGAGCACUACCGUACUUUACCAAACAAGUCUGUUUCUUGCAAGCUUUGUAAUAAGGUCUACAAAUUCAGUAAUGCUGCCAAAAUGCUUCAACAUCUUAUCACUUGUCCAAAAUCUCCAGAAACAUUAAAAGACUCUAUGAAACUUAUAAAAGAUAGCUCGUCCAAAACCAAAAUGUCUGGACUGUCAGAGAUAGAGACAAAUGAUUCUUUUAUAAGCCCCUCGUCGUCUGCUAACACUACAAUAAAUGCUGAGUUUCAAGACACCGAUGAUCAUAUAAAAACAGAAUUAGCGAGAGCUAUAUUUGUAACAGGGACGCCAUUAUCGAUGGUGCAACAUCCUUUAUGGAUACAAUUUUUCGAAAAAUUGCAACCAAAAUUUAAAAUACCUUCACGUAAAGCUUUAGCGACAAAAUACUUAGAUAAAAUAUAUAGAGAAAUGCGUUUUGAGUUAAAUGAGGAACUAAAUGCUUGUAGUUACUUACACCUUCAGUGCGAUGGCUGGUCUAAUUUAAGAAAUGAAGGAAUAAUAAACUUUCUUAUAUCAAAACCUCAACCUGCAUACGUUAAAAGUUUGAAUACAGAAAGUAAUCCUCACACUAGUGAAUACCUUAGCCAAGAAGUUGAAAAAGUAAUGAAAGUGUAUGGAGCAAAUAAGUUUCUUGUACUUAUUGGCGAUAACGCUAGAAAUAUACAAAAGGCAUUCGAAUUAACAAAACUCAAAUAUCCACAUGUUGUUCCUCUCGGUUGCUGUGCACAUAUCCUUAACUUGUUGUGCCAAGAUAUUGUAAAGAUACAAGAAGUAACUGUGUUUAUUAUGCAAGCCAUAAAUAUAAUAAAAACUGUUAAAAGGAGUCAACGAUUAAGUUCCUUGUUGAUAAAAUCAAGGCAGGGUGAAGAUUCUACACAAACACUAAAAUUGCCUUGUGCUACAAGAUGGGGAAGUCAUGUUACUUCGUUAAAAAGUUUGAAAGCAAAUAAGAUAGCUUUGCAAAUAUUAACAGUUAGAGAAGAUGUGGUAAUUUCAAGAGAUAUUAAAGAUUUAAUUCUAAGUGAUGAUUUCUGGACGAAGACAGGGGAAUGUAUAAGUAUUUUGGAACCAGUCACUGAAAGCAUAUUUUACUUAGAGAGCGACCAGAAUCGUUUGCAUCGCACAUACAUUACAUUUAGAGAUGUACAAGCUAAGAUACGUUUUGCAUUAAAUGAGAUUUCGACAUUGAGCGAAGAAAGCAAACAGCAGAUUCUAACAUCAGUAUCUUCAAGAUGCAAUAUGGCAAUGAGGCCAAUACAUUUUGCAGCAUAUAUUCUAGACCCCAGGACUCUAGGAGUCGAACUUACUCAAGAGGAAGAACUUAAGGGUAUGGAGUUUAUCUACAAUUUAAGCCAACACUUAAGUUUGUCAAAUGUAAUGGCAGAUUUGGCGUGUUAUAAAGCUAAAGAAAACUUUUGGGCCAGAGGAUUUGUAUGGAGCUCAUUAGAUAGCAUUGAGCCCCUAAUAUGGUGGAAAGGUAUUUGUGGUUCCACUGAGUUAAGCAAAGUAGCGAUUCGUAUUCUAUCAGCUCCCUGUACUUCGGCAGCCACUGAGCGUUCCUUUAGUAUCCAAGGCUACAUACAUAAUAACAAAAGAAAUCGACUUACAACUGAAAGAACUGAAAAAAUUUCAUUCAUUUGUUAUAACUGGAAUCUUAAACAUAAAGCUGAAUGCGAGGACAUUCAGUUUAAUGAAGAAAAUACCUUAGAAGCUUUCAUUGAGCAAGUAAAUGAACAUAACAGUUUAGACGAAAUAGAGCCUAUCGAACCUAUACAAUUCAUCGCUUGUAAUAACUCUGAAUCUGACAGUGAUUGACUGUAGUUUUACAUUUUACUUUCAUCUCUUUCUUAAUAAACUCAAAAUCAAAUUAAAAGUUUUUUAUUCUGUAGGCUGCAUAAUAAUAUUGUCUAUGUCCAGUAUAGUGGACGUCUUGCGGCUGAGAUGACGAUGAUGAAGUACAAAAUCAUAAACACCCAAAAAUUUGGGUGUUUAUGGGGUUUAAACCCAAUAAACCCAAAACACCCGGUUUUUACCCACCAGACUUUAAACCCACCCAGGUGGAUUGCCCAUCUCUAGU